AUGCGGCGCUCGACAAGAAUAUUGGCUCGUACAUCCAAAGACGCUUCGAUUGGCGCCUCUGGAGAGACUGGCAUCGCAAGCUCAGCUGGCUCUCGAGGCCGAGUUAGCAAGCCGACUGCGCGGAAGCGGACGAGGGGUCAGACUGAAUCGCAGGUCAUUUCUCGUCAUACAGACGCUGGUCGAAAGUCUUCUGUGUGCAACACAUUGCCUGACGGCAAAAGCAAGCGUGCUCGGACCGAUCGCAAAGACAAGCAUGUCGAACCAUCCCGAAGAUCUGCCAGAAUUUUCGCUCGCACUAACGGUCCCAUACACCGCCUGCCUGCAGAGCUCCUCUCCGAAAUAUUUCUGCACCUCCGCGAGCUGAUCCAAUCCGCCGGCUGGGGAAAUCCUAAUCCCACAUCGGCGCUGGAUGCCACCAUCACGCGCGUCUGCAGGUCCUGGCGAAACGUUGCGCGUGGAACGCCACUACUGUGGCAAUGCAUCGUCCCCCAAAGCAGGGACCUCGCCGAAUAUCUGCGCCGGUAUCUACCUCUCACGGGGACGUGUCCACUGCACGUCGACUUGUGCCGCACCAUGUAUAACAGUGACCCGUCCGGGAUAGAGCAGCUUCGGGACCAUUCCCACCGCAUGCGCUCCUUGCAGCUGAUGGGCUCGUACGAGGAGUUCAGCGCGAUGCAGCCCCUCGCCACGCCCAACCUUCGGAGUGCUUCGAUCAGCACGCUGCGGCUGUCAAAGAACUCGCUGGACAUGGUCACACCCUUGGCAAUAUUUGACGAUGUCUCCCUGCUGUCCGAUCUGUCUUUAAACUUCCAAACCAUCAACGUGCAGGCGAUUUCGGUGCCGCCAUUGGAAUCCCUGACGGAGCUCACCCUGUACCUGUGUUGCGGCAUCUCGAGCGUCCGUGGUGUAUUGCAACAGUGCUGCAGGACGCUGAGAAAGCUCAAAGUCAGCGCUGGCGUAUGUGACCCGCUUCCGGCACCAGCCGAGGCUCUGGAGCUCCCCUCGCUCUUGAGCCUUGAGCUCGAUGGCAAUGACGGUCCGGUCCUUCAGAUGAUCUCCGCACCUAACCUCGAGAAAAUGAAGCUCUACGGACCCGCCGAGGACAUCCCCGCUCUGCUUCUGGCCUACCUCACUCGUGUGCCUUCCUCCGCCACGAACCUCCGCCUGCUCUACAUCGAUACAGUGCAUACGGAGGAUUGGGACGUGGCCACGGUCCCAGGGAUACUCCUCGAGUGUUUCGCCAACCUGGAGGGGCUCGAGACUAUAGGCUUCAAUGUGUUUCCAGAGGAGAUCGAGAUUUUUGGCCCUCUGACCAGGAACCCGGAGGAAGGUGCAUUGCCUCUGCUGCCGAACCUGAAGGUCGGGAUGUUUGGUAGCAGCAGUUUUGACUGGCUCGUUGGAUACCCCGAGGCGUACAACGUGUUUGUGGAAUCACGGAAAAGCGCCCAGCUUAUAGGCGGGGUCAUGGUUCCGGUGGCGCAAAUCUCCCGGCAGUAUCGGCACAUUCGCUUCUGAGCGUACUAUGGGAUCGAGAGGUAGGCUCGAGCACUGGGAGCUCGACGCCGGUAGUAUUUAGGUUCAAUGGUUUUUCACGGAUAUCAUUGCGCCCCCCGUCAUGUACAAUAUAGAUAGAGAACAGACAAAAACUAGGGGAAGUUGGACUCAU